AUGGCAUCUGGUGCUGCUGGCGUGCGCAAAGAAGAAGAGGGCGACAGGCAAGGGGGUACUUGUUUUGUUGUUGUUGUUGUUGUUGUUGUUGAUGUCCAUGUUGAUGAUAAUCAUGAUGACGAUGACGAUGAUGGUGUAGUAAUGUAUGCUCUAAUCUCUUUCCUUGCUACACCACUGAAAUUCCCUUCCAACAGGACACCAGAUGAUCUCGGUCUGCUCUUUUGGAACUUUUUGUUUGUUGAUCCACGCGUAGAAACAGGAUUUUGUGACAAUUGCGAAGACAAUGUUCGAGAUGUUUAUGAGAAAAACUUAUCUUAUCGCUAUUUUCUCUAUUGGACGAAAGAAGAAAAUAAUAUAAGGGAGAAUAUUAUUAAAGAAAGCAGUAAUUUUAGAAAAUAUUCGAAAAUGCCAUGUCAGGAAUACCUCAAGAAUAUC